ACACGACGUCGUCGUCAUACCAGCUGCGAUUAGUGCGAGGAGGCUGAAGUAGCUCAGAGACCAUUCUGACCAUCCAUCUUGCUGGACACUUUGGUCAUGUUUCUUAGCUUAAACUUCACACUACCAAUCGAACACGUCGCUCUGUUGCUAAUCCAGAUUUAAGUAAAGCCUGAUCGUUUCUCUUUCUCGAGAUGAGUGCGUGCUGGCGUGGGUGGGGCCUACACUUUGUUUGAUUUUUUUCUUCAAUACGCAGCGUACCUUUAUAUUAAUAAAUAGAAAAGAGUCUUUGUACAACGCGCGAGGGCGCUUACAAGGCCACUACGGAUUACACUUCGUUUGAUUGGUGUGGCUGAAACCACAAAGCAGAGACAAGGCUCCACUAGUGAGUAGUGUGACUGAGCAGAGGAUGGACCAAGAAGAAGCGCCUGCCCAGCCGGGGUCCGCGCGCGCGGACGCGGUCACGCUCCGGCCGUUCGACCUCGCCGACGUCGACGCCAUGAUGUCGUGGGCGUCGGACCCCGUCGUCACGGCGUUCAUGACGUGGGACGCCUACACGUCCCGGGAGGCCCUGCUCGCGUUCAUGCGCGACGCCGUGCUGCCGCACCCCUGGUUCCGCGCCGUCUGCCUCGGCGGCGGCGGCGAGGGGUCCCGCCCCGUGCCCGUGGGCGCGGUGUCCGUGACGCCGACGGACGACCGGUGCCGCGCCGAGCUCGGCGUCGUGCUGGCGCGCGCGCACUGGGGGAAGGGCGUGGCCGCGGCGGCGCUGAAGCGCACGGUCGCCGCGGCGUUCGGCGACCUCGAGGGCGUGGAGCGCGUAGAGGCGCUCGUGGACGUCGACAACGCGGCGUCGCAGCGGGCGCUCGAGAAGGCCGGGUUCCAGCGGGAGGCCGUGCUGCGGAGCUACUGCGUGGUCAAGGGAAGUAUCAGGGACAUGGUGAUCUACAGCUUCAUCUCCACUGACCCCCUCGUAGAGUGAUCUGGAAUGUAUCUAGAGAAUUCACAACAUGGGUGGAUGACCCAGUCUUGCAAAAGAAACCAUACUGCAUUGCUGCUUGCAAAACAACAGGCAUCUCAUCUAUGAAUUACAGAUUUAUUA